CUCCUGCCAUUGUGCCUCUUCCCGUGCUGUCGGGCAUUGCUGAGGAGUCACAUUAAACGUCUGACCACCGAGGCCCAUUCCUGUCACCACACCGGCCGCACGUUGCCAGCGUCGCGCCGACGUCCCGACAUCACGGAUUUGCGCGCCUGAGGACAGCACUCACUCCUUCCUUUUUUCUUGUUCGCCACGAGAGCCGAAAUAGCGUUCCGGCGACCAGCGUGAUGCAUGAAACCCGCUUCACCUGCCACCCUAACAUUUUACCAUGCUCGCCUGUGCUUUCGAGAGCUGCCUCUAGCGAUCCCAUCUAGGCCGCACCUAGACAAUUAUCUGGACCCCUUCUCCGCGGUCCACCUUCUGGCGACGCUAACUAUCCACCCUCUCCGGGAAGCCCCUCUCACUCGGCUCGGCUAGGACGUGACGUGGUACGGGCCGAAGACCCCGUGCACAAGCAGUCGGCGCGGACGCCUCAGGACACACCAACUGUCUUACGCCCUCCUCCAUCCACUGCCGCUACAUAACAGGGACCUGUUCAGCUUCUCCCCUCGGUACACGCUUUCUCCCUGUCGCCAGCCACCUGGAGCUCUGGUCCGUGCACGGCCCUACGCAAUUCUCUAGUCUGUUUUGUUGCCUCAUCGCUGGCGCCUCGCUUAUCUGGACCAGAAAGCGGUCGAUUGAUCCGUCAUUUGUCCUGGGAGCCUCACUGGCAAGGAAUCUGGGACUUGGGACCGUGCCUCGAAGGUGACUUGAUCGCACAAACGAAUCGGUCUCCGACUCGGUUCCAGUGACCUAAUCACAGUCGUCUAGAGGGUCGGACGCCGCCGUCUGCGUCAGCUCAUCUCAUAAAUAUAUCCGAAAACCACGGCUUUCAAGGUGUCUUUUAGGGCGCUAAGGCAAUCGACAUACGACCAGAUCAUCUCAUCUCCGGAACUGUCAUCUCAUAUCUACCAGCAAGGCCCCUGUCGACAUAUCUUGACACUGUUAGACUUUUUGAUGUUGAUUGCUAUCGCGCCAACAUGGACGCAGCCACAUCGCAGGCCGAGGUCGAGCGCCCUCAAGACUCAGCUGCGCGCCGAGACUCUAACCAGGACGAUGAGGGGAGCAAGGGCGACGACGGCAGCAAAAAGGGGCCCAUCAAGAAACGAACCAAGACGGGAUGUAUGACCUGCCGCAGACGGCGCAUCAAGUGCGACGAGGCGAAGCCGACAUGCAAUAACUGCAUCAAGUCCAAGCGCAACUGCGAUGGUUACAACACGCGAGUUGUCUUCAAGGAGCCCAAUGUUGCCUUCCACAACGGCUCGUACGGCCCCAUUCUCGCCUACAAUCAGCAGCAGGCCUCGGAAGCCGCAUUGCGUGCUCAGAUGGCAGCCAUGACCGCUGCCUCUGCCCAGGCCCGGUUUUCCCAGGUGCAAGGUCCUCUACCCAUCAUCGCCCCAAAGCCACCCAGCCUCGACUUUGCCGGCCCCAUCGCCCAACAGUACGGUGGACCGUACCCUAGCCCGCCUCGGCCGUAUCCCGCCCCAACUCCACCUGGAGUCAAUCUUCCGCCCGGUCUCUACGCUGCUUCUCAGCAACCUUUUGAUGUUCCCAACUGCUUCGGUCCGGCCAAUCCUGCCAUGUCCACUCUUCCGUCUCCUCCCUAUCCAUCGCUGGGACAAAACAUGCAGCAGCCGACGCAGCCCGAGUUCUCAUAUUCUCAGCCACCACCAGAGGCAUAUCUUGGACAGUUCGACACAAUGCCUUCCAGCUCGCCCGUCCGCCCGUCCACGUUUGUUCCUGUAAGCAUGGAGGAGAUGACGGACGUCUUCGCGGACGAUGGCGAACUCGUGGCACGGCUGCCCACUGAACAGCUCACAACCGAGGCGGAAUUCUGGUUUGACGACGAGGAGGCUUCGAUGAUCGACUCGGAUGACGAUUUCGAUGUCACUGAUGGCGACCUCGCCACGUCAGAGGCGAACCAUUCCCGCUCCAUGGAGGCCGGCCAUCCCGGUCGGAACGACUACCGAGCCGUGGGGAUGCGUCUCCUACCUCCGCUCGUAGAUUGCGGGUCAGGAAUACUCGACUCGUACAACCCAAGGGCUGGAAGCUCUCCUCUCAACGACAGCCAAGUGGCCGCUGUUUUCCAGCAUUUUAUCAACGUGACCGCCCCGAGCAUGUCUCUUUACGAACGCAGCCCCUUCGAUCCCCAACGCUUCCCACCCGAAGGAGCGCCAACACGCAAGCUACGCAGGCACAUCUGGGCUUACACGUUCCCUUAUCUUUCUCUGAACCACCCGGCACUCCUCCAGGGAAUUCUCGCCAUGGGAAGCCUCCAGAUGGCCAUGUUACAGGGUGUCCCGGCUACGGUGUCGAUGAAGCACUAUCACCUGAGUCUCCGCAGGAUCGCAAGGAACUAUCGGAGUCCCAUCAAACGAGCCACGCCCGCCACACUCGCCGCAACUCUCUUGCUAGGAUUCUACGAAGUCUGGAAUUCGGAUCAUGAGAAAUGGUGCAAACACCUAUAUGGAGCCCGCACUCUUCUGAAAGAGAUACCCAUUCAGGCCAUGACGAAGGCUGCCACGGCAUAUAAGCGCGACCAAGACAUCGCUGCCCAAGCGAAGGUACCAUACGGCGGCAACGGCACCAUUGCCCAGGACUUCAGAAACAGCAUCAUCGAUACCGAUCUUCUAUCUAGACUGACGGGGCUGCCAGUCGACUACGAGGCCUACGGGCAGGCCGAACACCCCGAUGACAGACUCUGGAGGCAAAACAUGUCCACCGAGAAGGACAUGGAGAACUACGAGCAGAUAGUCGAUCUGUUCUGGUGGUAUUGCAAAAUGGAUGUAUACCAGAGCAUUCUUGGUGGAACCCUUCUCUUGAUGGACUACAAACUCUGGACCCAGGUCGCGCCCAGGUCUCCGAUCGGGAGAAUCGACGCCAUAUAUGGAACCUUUGAUCACAUCAUACUCCUCCUGGGCAGACUCACAAACUUUGCCUCGCGAGAUCUGGCUCGGAAGCGAAAGGCAGCCAAGAACAAUGCAAUGGGAGGUCCUGGCGGUCCUGGUGGAAGGCCCAGAGGGCCACCUGGAGGACCGCCUGGAGGGCCGCCUGGAGGACCGCCUGGAUGGCCACUGGGAGGGCCACCAGGAGGCUUUGGAGGACCACCAGGAGGUUUUGGGGGACCGCCUGGAGGACCACCUAGAGGACCACCAGGAGGCUUUGGGGGACCAUCUGGAGGACCGCCUGGAGGCCCGCCAGCUGGUCCUCCUGGAGGGCCUAUGGGUGGUGGCCCCAUGUUUGCGGGCAUGAUGCCGACUUCGGGAACAUUUACCAUCCCGACCGGACUCUCGCCCACAGCUGAUGAUCCAGGGCCCGUGUUCAACGCCCCAACAGAUGACAUCGACCUUGAGGUCAGCACAAAGCAAGCACUGGAGGAGUGGGAGGAGAUUCGGGUAGCCUUCGCCACAUUCGCGGAGGCGGUCGGCGGGGACUUCGAGCCUCUGAACGAAGCCCUUGUUUUCGGGCAGUCGUCGUCGCCAUUUGGCCCGGCGCUGGUUUACCGCACGUACAGCAUCGCGGGCAUCUGGCUAAACUACUACAUGGGCUUGGUCCUCCUGCACCGCGCCCAUCCGUCCAUGCCCCCCAUCUCCAUGGUUGCCGCUGGGAUGGCCGCGCAACAGACCGAAGAUUAUGCCCACACGAUCGGGCGAAUUGCAGCGGGCCUUAUGGACACCUGCGACGGCAUCACGGCUAUUCCUACUGUCGUGUGUGCCGCCUUCAUCGAAAGUUGCUUCCCACUGUUCGUUGCGGGCAUCCAGCUGCAAAACAACGAGCAGAGGGUCUGGACGAUCAAGAGGCUCCUCGAUGUUGCGCGGCUCACGGGUUGGCAGUCGGCGCGGCCAAUCGCGCGCGGCUGCGAGUCGGCGUGGGUCAAGGCGGCGGAGAGGGGGUACGGCCCCUACUACUCGAGGCCCGCCGACAUGCAGAAUGAGGAUCCCGACGUGUGGAGCCGGCCUAGGCGCGUCGACAAGCGCAUCAAGGAGCUCGAUGACGAGUACCGCGAGCGCGGGGGCGACAGGGCCGACGAGCGCCGCAUCGUGCUGGCCAACUCGGAGCAGACGCACUUGGCCCUCGGCCUCAUCGCCGUGGAGCAGGACAUGGAAAGGUUGGACCUGUAGGGAGCUGAAUAGAGUCGUCUUGGGGACUGACUGGCGGUCUGGGAUCAUAAACCGAACUGCUACCGUGUUUGAGGACCUGAAUGGGAGGACCAGCCGUGAUGGCGGCGCGAUGGGAGUGGCAACCUCAUAUAAAUGCAGUAAUAAUACAAAUAUCGUCAAAGUAAUACGGCCA